CGCCUACCAUAUGUUUAACAAUAGCUCCCCUGGGUGUAACGGAACAGGGAAUAUUAGAGAUGAAAACGAUAUUAAUUAUUCAACACCCGUUUUAUCCCCCUGCGCCAUAGCUAGCGCUAGCGACGAAUUGUCAGUACGGGACACAGACUCAGGCACGAGUACUUAUUUUUUUCUGCAUAGCCGAGGUACAGGGUGUGCGCAGUGGUCAUGCCAGCGGCCAGUGUGUUCGGCAGAUCACAGAAAAUGGCGCUCACGGAGGACAAGACGAAGGUGAGCUUCCUGGGCCGGCUCCCGAUGCAGGGCAGCCGGCAGGAGGACACCUGGCGACCCGUGGACGCUCUGGUCAACCGCGGGAAGAAGAACAUGGUCAAGAACAUGAAGAUGAAGGUGUCCAACUACGGGAUCAAUCGCACCUACAAGUGGGGGCUCGGCAGCAAGAAGUCCAACUUCAUUCCGCUCGACCGCGUGGUGUACGGCGGCGUGGACGAUCACCACGAGAGGGUCUUCACGCUGAUCGUGCGCGGCGACCAGCAGAACGAGUGCCAUGCCUACCUGUGCGACUCGCCCGCGGACGCCGAGCACCUCACCAUGCGGCUGGACGACGCUUUUAGACAGGCGUACGGCCACUUCGAGGAGGAAGAGGUGGUGCAACAGCAGCCGCCACGCGACAACAACAUCAUCAUGGCGGCGCCUGGCAGCAUGGCGGCGCACCCACCGAACGGGAAUGACAUCGAGAUGCGGGAAACGACGCAUGUAAACGGCAGGCGCCGCCGAGGCUCGGCUUCCUCGUCCACUAGCAGGAGCAGCAGCGACCAGGGAGUGACCAGCACGCGGGUCGUCUACUCCAAGACCGUGUCCCCCACCUCGGACUACGGCACGGAGCGGUCCCGCGAGGUCUCCUCCACCCGAGACCACGUGGACAUCCAGUACAACAGCUACCAGAACGGCCCCGUGGAGGUCCACCGCCAGGCCGACCGAGAGGUGUACGUGGACCCGGUCACCAUACCGACCCCCGAGCCCGUACGCAGGGCGCAGACCAUGUACGUGGAGCGCGCCGCCCCACCUCCUGAGGUUCGCAGGGAGACCAUGUAUAUAGAGCGCGCGGCGCCGCCCGUCGACGACGUGGUAGAGAGGAGAGAAGUCCUCAGCCGCACGGUGUACAGGGAGCCUUCCAUCUCCAACGACGUGUUCAUGUCCAACGGCUUCGACCGCCAGAGCGUGCGCUCCGAGCCGCGCUACUACCGCAGCUACAGCUCGCAGAACCUGCACAGGGAGGUGUACAGCCAGCCGCUGGUCCGCCGCUCGUUCUACCGCUCCAGCCCUCAGGUCGUCCAGCUCAGCGACUACGAGAGGAAGUACUUCACGGAAGACGGGGACUUCGCCGUGCCUCUGGCAGGCUGGGACGACGAGCGGCCGCACUACCAGGGCCACACGUACAGCCGGGAGGUGGCGUCCCAGCCCAGGCAAAGUUACCGGGCGCCGGAGCCGCGUCGCGCCCCCGAGACCCAGUACUUCCGACGGGACCCCGGGUCGUUCCGGCAGGAGCCCGUCUACUACACACAGUUACGAGGCUCCAGCCGGGCUCCCAGCGUGGCCCGAAGCCGAGGUGGCUCCACCUACAGCCGCCCCAGGUCCAUUUUCGGCAGGAGCAGCCGCAGUCUUGGCUCGAAAGGGAUCGAGGGAGCCAGGCAACCCAGCUACUUGACCACCGUGCAGAGCAGAUCCUUCUGGAAUCAACAGGGGCCCAGCUACGGGGACUCUAUGAUGUACUGAUUGUUAAAAAAAAUAGGUACAAACAAAAUUAGCCUCUACCAGGCUUCCUGAUUCGGCUGGAAAGGGUAGAACUUGGUCAAACUAGACAGAUAACAUGCCAGUGGAGUUGUUCCGCAAAGAGAGAAUAUUUUGCAGUGUUCUAUUAGCGGACCAACCCCCCUGGCACGUAAUAUGUCUAUUAAGCCAAUAUCUACUCUUGCCAGCCACUUUCCGAAGCCUGGUAGAGGCUAGAAAUAAAUCAGAAGACACUCGCAGAGAAGUCGACACACAGACUGACAGAUAUAAGAACGAACGGACAGAAAGACCCAAGGUCAAUGCUUCACCGUGAGGCAAGAAGAGGAGUGUGUCAGGGACACUUUCAAAGUGUUUGCGAACAAUUUACAUUAACGGACUGAUACUGUAUUAUAGGUAGGUAAGGUACAUUCAUUUUAUCUAUUUUAACAACACUGAAGAAAAACUAUUAUCAAUCAACAAAAGGCCGCCAUUUUGAAAUGAUGCAAGCUUUGGGUAUGCGAGGACACUGGUUGACAUACAAGUUUGGCAAGGCUCUGGGAUUACAUGUAGGUCGCUUCAAAAGUUCGUAAAAUCUUAUCUCUCUCCGCUACUCUUAACUCUGUAACGUUUGACAUCCUUACGAAACACGCAGUAUUCAACGCCAGAUGAAUUGUGAAUAGACUGACAACAUUUUUCUAUGAUGACUCCUAUAAUACCUGUCAGAAUACAUGAUAUUGUCAAUCUGAUGGUUAUGAAUAAUUAAGGUAGGCCCCCUUUAUGUUCGACCUGACAGAGAUUAAAAAUGAGGGCAUCGAGCAGGAGAAAAUAUUCAACCGCCUAUUGCUAAUGUAAACAUGUACAAACUUAUCGUUUCAAGUAUAUAUAUUACGAGUAUAUCUUUGCUGCUUUUACUAUUAUUGUUACAACAUAGAGUAUAGAGCUUGCAAGUUUA